GCCCGAAUGCACAUAUGACAUAACAAACAACAAUAUUCUACGUAGUACUUCAUAGAAUUAUUCAAGAUGAUGAUGAAAAAAAUGGGGGCUUGGAUGUUGCUAGCAUUAUUGACUUUGGUUGGCGACUGGUGUGGUCGUUGUUAUGGGUGCUUGGAGCAUGAGAGAAUUGGUCUCUUAAAGAUCAAAGCUUUGACCAAUCCAAACAGCAUUUACAUGGGAGAUUGGGUGGAGUACAGUAGUAAUUGUUGUGAGUGGUCUGGGAUCGAAUGUGAUAACACUACAAGGCGAGUGGUCUGGCUCUCUCUUUCGGGUGCAAGGGAUCAGAGUUUGGGGGAUUGGGUUCUCAACGCAUCUUUGUUUCUGCCUUUUAAAGAACUGCAAAGGCUUGCUUUGGUUUAUAAUGGACUGGUUGGUUGCUCUGAGAAUCAAGGCUUCGAAGUCCUAUCAUCAAAACUGAGGAAACUGGAGGUACUUGACCUAAUUCUGAACAAAUUUAAUGAUAAAAGCAUUUUAUCAUGCUUCAAUGGGCUUUCAUCUCUCAAGUCUUUGUACCUGUCAGACAAUCAGCUGACAGGAUCAGGUAGCUUCUAUGGUCUCAAGGUCUUGUCAUCAAGGUUGAAAAAGCUGGAGAACCUUUACCUGCGUGGGAAUCAAUGCAACGAUAGCAUCUUUUCAUCUCUAAGUGGGUUUUCAUCUCUCAAGUCUUUGGAUCUGUCAUACAAUGAGGUGAUCACAGGAUCAGGUCUCAAAGUCCUGUCAUCAAGGUUGAAAAAGCUGGAGAACCUUGACCUAUUUGGGAAUCAAUGCAACGAUAGCAUCUUUUCAUCUCUAAGUGGGUUUUCAUCUCUCAAGUCUUUGGAUCUGUCAGGCAAUCUGCUGACAGGAUCAUCUACUGGUAUCAAUAGUUUUCAACUCCAACCGAUGAGGCUGGGAAAGUCAGAGAACCUUAACCUGAGUGCCAAUCAAUUGAACAGUAGCAUCUUAUCAAUUCUGAGUGGGCUUUCAUCCCUCAAGUCUUUGGAUCUAUCAUUAAAUAAGUUGACAGGAUCAGGUUCCAAAGACUUGUCAUCUCUAACUGGGUUGAAAAAGCUGGAGAACCUUGUCCUACGUGGGAAUCAGUGCAACGAUAGCAUUUUUUCAUCUCGAAGUGGGUUUUCAUCUCUCAAGUCUUUCUAUCUGUCAGGCAAUCAGCUGACAGGAUCAGGUCUCAAAGUCUUGUCAUCAAGGUUGAAAAAGCUGGAGAACCUUGACCUACGUGGGAAUCAGUGCAACGAUAGCAUUUUUUCAUCUCUAAGUGGGUUUUCAUCUCUCAAGUCUUUGGACCUGUCAGACAAUCAGCUGACAGGAUCAGGUCUCAAAGUCCUGUCAUCAAGGUUGAAAAAGCUGGAGAACCUUGACCUAUUUGGGAAUCAAUGCAACGAUAGCAUCUUUUCAUCUCUAAGUGGGUUUUCAUCUCUCAAGUCUUUGGAUCUGUCAGGCAAUCUGCUGACAGGAUCAUCUACUGGUAUCAAUAGUUUUCAAGUGCUAGCUUCAGGGUUGAGGAAUUUGGAGGAACUUUAUCUGAGUGACAAUAAAUUGAACGACAGCGUUUUAUCAUCUCUCAGUGGAUUUUCAACUCUCAAAUCUCUAGAUCUGUCAAGCAAUAGGUUCACAGGAUCAACUGGUCUCAAUGGUUUAAGGAAAUUAGAAAUCUUGUAUCUGGAAUCGUCUGACUUCAAGGAAAGCAUUUUGAUAGAGUCAUUGGGAGCGUUGCCAUCCCUCAAGACCUUACAUGCCAGUUCUAGUACAUUUAAACACUUUGGGAAAGGGUUGUCUAAUUCGUCUAGCCUUGAAGAAGUGUUCCUCGGUUCUUCUUCUCUCCCAGCAGGCUUUCUUAGGAACAUUGGACACUGGUCUACUCUUAAAGUCCUAUCAUUGCCCGGAGUUGACCUCCGUAGCACCCUACCUGCUGAAGGAACUUUCUUCAAUUCGAGCACCCUUGAAGAAUUGUAUCUAGAUUAUAUUUCUCUCCCAUUAAACUUUCUCCAGAACAUCGGAGCAUUGCCCGCUCUUAAAGAAUUGCAUGCUGGUUACUGUGACCUCAAUGGCACCCUGCCCGCUCAAGGUUUAAGGAAAUUAGAAAUCUUGUAUCUGUCUUCAAAUGACUUCAAGGAAAGCAUUUUCAUAGAGUCAUUGGGAGCGUUGCCAUCCCUCAAGACCUUACAUGCCCGUAAUAGUAAAUUUAAACACGUUGGGAAAGGGUUAUCUAAUUCGUCUAGCCUUGAAGAAGUGGUCCUCGAUGGUUCUUCUCUCCCAGCAAGCUUUCUUAGGAACAUUGGACACUCGUCUACUCUUAAAGUCCUAUCAUUGACCACAGUUGACUUCCAUAGCACCCUACCUGCUCAAGGAACUUUCUUCAAUUCGAGCACCCUUGAAGAAUUGCAUCUAGAUCUUAGUUCUCUCCCAUUAAACUUUCUCCAGAACAUCGGAGCAUUGCCCGCUCUUAAAGAAUUGUAUGCUGGUUCCUGUGACCUCAAUGGCACCCUGCCCGCUCAAGGCUGGUGUGAACUGAAGAAUCUUGAAGAGGUAGAUCUCUCCGGAAACAAUCUAAAGGGCGUACUCCCUCCUUGUUUGGGAAAUCUAUCAUCUCUACGAUCCUUGGAUUUAUCUUACAACCAAUUGGAGGGAAAUAUUGCCUCUAGUCACCUUUCCCAUCUUACGCAGCUUGGAUACCUCUCAGUUUCAAAUAACUACUUUCAAGUUCCAAUAUCAUUUGGUUCAUUUAUGAACCUCUCCAACCUCAAGUUCAUUGUAUGCGAUAGCAAUGAGCUAAUAGCUGCACCCAGUUCUCAGCCUUUAGUUCCAAAGUUCCAGCUUCUUCUCUUUCGUGCUUCAAACUGUACUCCAAAACCACUCGAGGCUGGAUUUCCAAACUUCCUGCAUAGCCAACAUGAUUUGGUGGUUGUUGAUCUAUCCCACAACAAAUUCGUUGGACAACCUUUCCCAUCUUGGCUGUUUGAGAAUAAUACAAAGUUAAAUCGACUAUAUUUGAGAGACACCUCAAUUACAGGUCCUUUGCAGCUGCCACAACAUCCAACACCCAGCCUUCAGACAGUAGAUAUGUCUAGCAACAACAUACAUGGUCAAGUUGCAAGGAACAUAUGUUCGAUUUUUCCACGUUUGAAGAACUUCAUGAUGGCUAACAACAGCCUCACAGGUUGUAUUCCUCCUUGUUUUGGGAAUAUGAGCUGUCUCCAAUACUUGGAUCUUUCCAACAAUCAUAUGUCUUGUGAACUGCUUGAGCAUAAUUUGCCAACAGUAGGCUCCUCGUUGUGGUUUUUGAAGCUGUCCAACAACAGCUUCAAUGGGCGAUUACCACCAUCUGUGUUCAACAUGACUGACCUACAUUACCUCCUUCUAGAUGGAAACAAAUUUGUAGAAGUACCAGGUACUUUUUCUCUUGAAUCAUCACUUUUGUGGUUGGAUAUCAGUAACAAUCUUUUGUCAGGCAUGCUUCCAAGGGGAAUAGGGAACUCUUCAAAAACCCAACUUCAUGGAAUUGAUUUGUCCAGAAAUCAGUUUGAAGGUACCAUUCCAAUAGAAUAUUUCAAUUCUUCUGCGCUUCAAUUUUUAGAUCUUUCUGAAAACAAUCUGUCUGGGUCAUUACCGUUGGGCUUCAAUGCAACAUCUUUACGCUAUGUCCACCUAUACGGAAAUAGAUUGAGCGGUCCACUGCCAUACGAUUUUUAUAAUCUCUCUUCGUUGGUGACAUUAGAUCUCGGCGAUAACAACUUAACUGGGCCCAUUCCAAAUUGGAUUGUUCUCAAAUCUAAUCAAUUCAAUGGGAAACUUCCUCAUCAGUUAUGCUUGUUAAGGAAAUUCAGCAUAUUGGAUCUUUCAGAAAAUAAUUUUUCUGGUCUGUUACCCUCAUGUUUGAGCAAUUUAAAUUUUACGGCAUCGGAUGAAAAAACUUUUGAUCCCCCUCGUACGGAGAUGUCAGAUGGUGGAAUCCAGAAAGAUAUAUUUGCAUCCAUAGGGGGAAGAGAAUUGGAAAACGAAGGUUUUUAUCCUUAUGAGGGAGUUUUGUGGCCAGAGAUCAGUGUAAAAAUAGCUGUAGAGCUUACAUCAAAGAAAAAUUUCUACACUUACGAAGGCGAUAUCCUUCGUUACAUGUCUGUUAUGGAUCUUUCUUGUAACAGAUUCACUGGACAAAUCCCGACAGAAUGGGGAAACUUAAGUGGGAUAUAUUCUCUAAAUCUGUCACAAAAUAAUCUCACUGGAUUGAUCCCUCCAUCUUUCUCCAAUCUGAAGCAGAUAGAGAGCUUGGAUCUUUCUCACAACAAUUUGAAUGGGAGAAUUCCUUCACAACUCGUUGAACUGACCUUUCUAGCUGUUUUCAACGUGUCGUACAAUAAUUUGUCAGGAAGAACACCGGAGAUGAAAAAUCAGUUUGGUACCUUUGAUGAAAGCAGUUAUAAAGGGAAUCCUCUUCUUUGUGGACCUCCAUUGCAAAACCGUUGCGACAAAACAGAAUCACCAUCAGCGAGAGUGCCUAACGAUUUCAAUGGAGAUGGUGGCUUCAUAGACAUGUACAGUUUCUAUGCCAGCUUUGGUGUGUGUUACAUAAUUGCGGUGUUGACAAUUGCAGCAGUACUGUGCAUAAAUCCGCAUCGGCGACGCAGGUGGUUUUACUUCAUUGAAGAAUGCAUCGACACUUGCUACUGCUUUUUGGCUAUAAACUUUCGCAAGUUGUCCAGAUUCAGAAGGUGAUUGGAUCUUAUCAUGAGCGAGUGGGCUGCUUUCUGAAUUUGUUGCAAUCCUCUGUGGGGAAGCAGUCGCAUUCCAAAUCAAUGGUUGCUCACAACAUGUUCAGCAAUUUGCCUGUGAGAAGUGUUCGGUCGAAGUGUCUGGUUCUUGUUGCUUAGCCUUUCUGUUUUGACAUGACUUGUGUUUGUCCUUGUGCUUGUAUCCAUAUUUGUUUGUUUCGUUGUUAAGUCUUAAUUAUGUUGCGUUUUGGUCUUAGAUAAGCAACCAACCAAUAUUUCUUGGCUUCUUGUGAUUUCUAUAUCCCUAAUAAUAUGGAAUUUAUUCACAAUUGUAAUAGUUUACAGUAUCGUAUUUUCUCAAUUAAAAAAAUAA